AUGGGAAGCUUGACGGACCUUUAUCAUUUUAUCCUUCGCGAUAUCGCUUUCACCUCGAAGCCCAGUGUUCCUCCUAUAAGUGCAAAGUCCAUCGAGCUCCGGCUCCCACCAGAACUAUGGACGAUCAUACUGGAGAAUCUGCAACGUAUCGACCCGCAAGCUCUUGGAGCCGCCGGUCUCUCCUGCCGAGGCUUGCGCCGACUGGUCCUGCCUUUGCAGAUGCGCUCGGUCAUUUUGAACUAUUUUGGAGCCGAAGACGCAGUCAUUAUUGAAGGUCUCUACAACACUCAUACUGCACACCAGACGCGAUGUAUUGUUAAGAGCGGCAAUGAAAUUAUCGAGCAUCCACGAGUUCUAUUCAUUCGGAGGUUCCGACCGGAUGACCGGCUCAAAGCGAAGGAUACCCUCCAAGAAGCCAUUAAGCGUGCCCAGAAUCUGAGAGUCCUCAAAACUGGAAUCUGGUCGGUCGCAAAUAGCCUGAUCAAAUCUCUUGAGGAAAACCGACCACAAGCACGUCUUGUUAUUGAAAGCGAGUAUCUUCCAACCAACAUCCUCGAGCUACAAGGACUGACCCACUCUUCGUGUCUGUCAUCCCUGUCUUGUGCAUCCCCAUUCACUGAGCAUGGGAGCGAAACCCUCAUACAAGCAUACGCCUUGUUGAUAGACAUUAUUUGCACGUCUGUGAAUUUGAAAAUCUUGCGUCUAGAGAAUUACUCCUCAGAUCGAUUCCCUGAAAGGUGGCCAAGACUCAGUCCUCGAUUCGGAGACCGCUUUCCUAAUAUCAAACACCUCCACCUGAGCGGACACUUCGCAGUCGAAACGCCAAAGUCCUCAUAUUGGGCCGACGCCAUUCAAUGGGAGUCCUUGCAGAGCUUAACACUUGGAAACGAAGCAAUCAACCCAUUUCUGGAGCUCGCUACAGGCCGCAUAUCUCAUCUGGAGUCCUUCGGAUUGUUCUGGGAUUCAUGGCACGCCAGUGAAUAUUUUGCUCCGGUCAAAGACUUGAUUUUGGGAUUUGUGACGAGCUUAACGGAGCUAUCUAGUUUUGCCACUUCGAACAUCACGAAACAGCUGUUAUUUCAGAUAUGCGAACACCACAAGCAACAUCUCCGAAGCUUGGCUGUUCAUCGUGUUGUGGAUGGUCGAAAUGACUACUGGACAACAGGUACCUUUGGCUACCACUUUAAUGACACCUUACCUUUACUCUUUGGACAAACAAUCUAUGGCCUCCCGCCUCUGCUACAAGACCUUGAGAAUUUCGAGGUCACCGUGGUGUGGAACGGACAAUGGCCCGAACAGAUGAUCAUCGCGGUUUCCAAAUUCCCCCGCCUAAGGUCUCUGACUGUCUCUGUCCCAAUGACACUAUCAGGCAUGCAUCUCUCAGGCAUGCACGCAGGGGAAGCCAACGCGCCAUUCAUCAGAGAGGAGACGUGUAGAGAUCUAUAUGCCAAGUUAUCAAAGGAACGAGAACGACAAUUCCCUUCAUAUCAAGCGCGAGUUGAAAGUGGGGAGCUAACACACCUGGCCUCGUUGGAUGUCGAGGUAGGUGAGUGGGACAUCGUUUGCAAGCCGCAGCCCCGGUGGCCCGAGAAUGCCGAUAGACGGCUUUACGCGUGUCGGACGACUACAUCUCGAUUUACCUCUCCCGCCGAGACUAUUAGAAAGCUAUCGAUCAAUAAAGUCCGCGAACCGCAUGGACCAUGUCACAGGUUCAAUUUGCAUCGAAUCGCGCUGGGUAAACUGGGCUUGGAGAACGAGGUGGAGGCAUGGUGUUGA